AUGUCUACGAAAGCAGAGUGGUGGGCCAGCCCACAAGACUCGAGAAACACCUCCCCGCCCUCUCCACACGAUACUACCACUGCCACCACCACUACCACUGCCCCACCGGUAAUCCCUCGAAGGAUCCACAUCCUCGGCAGUGGGAAUGUGGGGAGCCUCGUCGCCCACUCGCUGCGCACGCUACCGAAUCCUCCGCCAGUAACGCUUCUCUUCCACAAGUUUUCCAAGCUCGAGGACUUUCGGAAUAGCGGCAGCAGGAUCGAAUUACACAGACCGCUGAAAGGAGUUAGCAUAUCAUAUGGUUACGAGGCCGAGCUCACGCCGCCACCAGGCGCUGUCGUCGCGGCGAACACACCCUUCGAGGCACUCGUAGACCCUAAUACCAGAGCGACACUUCCGAUACCACCGCAGAGAAGGAUCGCAAACUUGAUUAUCACCACGAAGGCACACCAGACAAUUGCUGCUCUACGACCGAUUAGUGAGAGACUAACUAAGGACUCGACAAUACUAAUACUGCAAAAUGGGAUGGGAGUGCUGGAGGAGAUUAAGGCAGCGAUCUUCCCGGACCCUGCCUCACGACCGAAUUUCGUACUUGGGAUAACCACGCAUGGGUUAUACCCAGAAGGUCCAUUCGCCCUAAUGCAGAAAGGCAUGGGCACAAUAUCCCUAGGCUACGUCCAGCGCGACCACCAAGAAGCCCCGGACCUAAAGGGGGGAGUCGCGAGAUCCUGGUUCACCUCCUCUCCUCCACCCCCCUCCGAACACCCGGACAAGCCCCCACCACUAACCGCCCUACCGCCAUCCUCUGAAUACCUACUCUCCACCCUCCUCUCCGCAAAACCUCUCGAAGCCGUCCAUCUCUCCAUCGCCGAACUCCUCUCGGCUCAAUUCGAGAAACUCGCCAUAAACGCCGUGAUAAACCCACUCACCGUCCUCUUCAACUGCAAGAACGGCGAACUCCUGGAGAACUUCUACAUAGUCCAGAACAUGCGUCUGAUCCUCUGGGAAGUCUCACAGGUCCUCUGUGCACUCCCCGAACUCGCCGCCCUCCCCGGCCGCGACGUCCGCCUCUCGCCCGAGCGCCUGUACGACCUUGUCAUUCGCGUCGCCAGACUCACCGCCGGGAAUUACUCUAGUAUGUUCCAGGAUGUGCGAAAUGGUAAGCAGACUGAGAUCGACUACAUUAACGGGUACGUGCUUGACCGAGCGCGCGAUCUGGAGUUGGCGUGUACCGUUAAUUAUAUGCUUGUUAAUAUGGUUAAAGGGAAGGGGAAGAUUGUACAGGAGAGGGUGGCGGCGCAGUGUAUGCAUGUUAUACCAUUGUAUAGUUGGGGGGGGUUCCUUUUGUUUGGUUCGGGCAUAAACUUUAUCUGCUGUAAAUAUGUCUAUAGGUCUGCGGCGUAUAUAUGUGUAUGUAUUGACCAAUUGUUGGGCGUUGGCUUUCUUCCUUUCCUAUGGUCGCUGUUUGGUGGGUUGGGCGGAUAG